AUGAACAAGAAGCAGCACAUUGGGAUCGCUGCUUUCAAAAAGGCCUUCUCCAACUGGCGCAUAUGGGUGCAUGUUUUCAUCACUCUCGGCAACAACGGACCUUUCAGAGGUUUCGACACCUAUGGUCCGACCAUCAUCAGAAGCUUCGGCUUUCCCUCACUUACGAGUAAUGCUUUGGCUGCUGUGGGCUUGUUCCUUCAAGCACCAGUCUCUUUUGGCUUCAGCUACAUUUCCGACCGGUUUAACAAGCGAGGCGAGACUACGAUACUGGCAGUCGCAAUGCACAUGUUCGGCUACAUUCUCAACCGCAUUUUUACGGAGAUCAACAAGCGAGGUGUGCGGUAUUAUGGAGUCGUCUGGACGCAGACGUUUGCCUCAUUCCCGCACCCUCUCAAUAUCACGUGGAUGUCGCUGACUUGCACUGACCCGGAAGAGAGAUCACUGGCUAUGGCGAUGUGA